GAUCACAUGACUUGAUCCUUUCCGGAAGUAUGGUGCACGAUGAGCAAAGUUGAUCCUGGCUAUGGCAUCAACAUUAAACACGUUUGUGGUUUUAUUUCUCUGCGUUUCGGAAGCAUGUUGUGAUAUAGGCGACACGCCGUCCUCGGAGUCGAAGGACUGUGGCUGUAAGGGACUGAAAAGGGACGAGACAGUUGACAUAAGUGAAGAAAACACACUAAAUCAUCACGAUGGUGCAAACAUAUACACCGAAACAGCAAACAAAAGACUUCACACGCCAGAACGUGAUAUACGUAGUAAGUUGGUUCUCCUGCAGGGAGGUUGGUUUUUAAUGGGUACAGAUGAUCCAGGAAUACCACAGGAUGGAGAAGGACCUCAGAGGAGAGUGUGGCUGGACCCUUUUUACAUUGAGGAGCAUGAGGUCACAAACCAGCAGUUCCAGUCCUUCAUCAACCAGACAGGUUACAUCACAGAGGCUGAGCGUUUUGGAGACUCGUUUGUUUUUGAGGGACUGCUGAGUGAGGAGGUAAAGAGCACCCUGUCACAUGCGGUGGCUGCUGCUCCUUGGUGGUCACCAGUUAAAGGGGCAGACUGGAUACAUCCAGAAGGGCAAGAUUCAACAAUAAAACACAGAAUGAAUCACCCAGUGCUGCAUGUGUCCUGGGCUGACGCUCAGGCUUACUGUCGCUGGGCCGAGCGCAGACUUCCCACUGAAGCCGAGUGGGAGUUAGCCUGUAGAGGAGGAUUGCAGGAUAGAAUGUAUCCAUGGGGAAAUAAACUGAUGCCUAAGGGGCAGCACUAUGCUAACCUGUGGCAGGGAGAUUUUCCUAAUCACAACACAGCAGAGGAUGGCUAUAUCAACACAUCACCGGUGAUGUCAUUUCCUGCCAAUGGCUUUGGUCUGUAUGACAUGGUUGGGAAUGCAUGGGAGUGGACAGCAGACUGGUGGAAUGUUCAUCACACUACAGAGGAAAAAUACAACCCCAAAGGACCAGAAUCAGGGACAGACAGAGUCAAGAAAGGAGGCUCUUAUAUGUGCCACAAGUCAUACUGCUACAGGUACAGGUGUGCGGCCCGUAGUCAGAACACCCCUGACAGCUCUGCCUCUAACCUGGGUUUCCGUUGCGCCUCUGACCCUGAUCCAUAAACUUAAACAUCAGAUUUUAUACUGUCGUAAAUUGAGAAGGUGCUUUGGCUUCUGAAGAAAUAGGACUUAAAUAGUAAUAAAGGUAUUUUUGUAAAGAA